GUGUGUGUGUGUGUGUGUGUGUGUGUGUGUGUGUGUGUUUCAGGGAUGCUCGGGCGCUCUGGAUGAUGAGCCGGAACCACCACCAUUACAUCACCCUCCCGUUAAUCCCUGAUCCGAGCGGGAUCCCGGAGGUUCGGACCGAGCGGCGGGGCUGGUUCCUGAUGAUGGCGCUCCAAUGAGAGCCGGGGCGCGGAGGGGGACAGAGACGUGCACCGUCAUCAGCAUCUGUCCGCCAGCUCCCUUUGUUUCCAGCGGACACCGGGAUGACAUGGCAGAGGUAGACUUCCCGUCCAGCGGAGCGGAGCCGCCCGGCGGGCCCUCCUGCUCCUCCUCCACCUCCUCCUCCUCGGCCCUUCCCUACGAGGAGUACGAGUGUAAAAUCUGCUAUAAUUACUUCGACCUUGACCGGAGGGCUCCGAAGAUCCUGGAGUGUCUGCACACGUUCUGUGAGGAGUGCCUGAACACGCUGCACCUCCGGGAGGAGCGGCCGUGGCGCGUCAGCUGCCCCGUCUGCCGCCACCGGACCCCGGUGCCGGACUACCGCAUCCAGAACCUGCCGAACAAUACCAAGGUGACGGAGGACUUCCCGCUCUACAUCGACUCGGACCCGCUCCCGCAGGACGCGCUGCCGCCGUACCCCCCGCCGCUGCACCCGGCUCUGGUCGCCCUCCGCCGGGAGGAGGCGUCCAGCGGCGCCGCCAGCGGCGGCGGCCAGGCGACCCCGUCCACCACCGUGUCCACGGCCACGACCCUGUCCCAGGACUCGGUGCGCUACGACAGCUGCCAGAGCUGCAAGAGGGUGGCGCUGACCACCGGCUGCGUGUGCGUCAUCUUCUCCUUCCUGUCCAUGCUCGUGCUGCUCUUCAUGGGCCUGAUCUUUGUGCACAGCCACAGCAUCCCCCCCUCUCCGGCCGGACCCAUCUGCCUGUCGGUGGCCAGCAUCCUGGCCAUGUUCUCCGUGGUCGUCACGUGGCUCAUCUGCUGGCUGAAAUACAGACCGGAGCACGAGACGGGCCGCGGGUCCGCCACCAGUAACUCCCGAAGGAACGCCUGACAGGCUCAGACUGAAGAGGGGUGGAGGUCAUGAUGUAAAUAGUAGCAUUGAGGUGAUUUUUCCUGCUCCCUUUACCUUUUUUAGGGAUAAAUCCUGCCCCUGAUAGCCUCAGAGGAACAAACACCAAAGGCCUUCCUGUUAUUUGAAGGAACACAGGCCGACCUGAACCUUCAGAACCAUCUCCUGAAGCUCUGCACUGGUUGAUGGAUGAACUUGUUGGGUUGGAUUUGGUUUGAUGGCUGAAUGUGAGGUGAUUAGUCCAGGUUUUACACUCCUGUAUUUAAACAAUUCUGUGCCACUCACUGUAAGAUACCUGUCCACCAGGACCCCACUCAUCAUAUCUGAACAAAGCUCCGUCUAUAGCUGUACAGAUAUUUGGCUCUUUAAUUUUUUUCAGGCUGAAUUUUGGUUCUGAUGGGGACUUGGUGUUUCCCAGCUCUUGAUCUCAUCCUGUCUCAUUUAAAAGCCUUGAAAUGCACAUCGCCCGCUGCCUUUCUUGCCAGACUGUGUUGAGAAAUGACAGAGUUGUAGCUGUUUUGGUCAAACUUUAAAAAUCUCAUGCAAUUCUGCAGGAUGCGACUCUCAAGAUAUGCGUAAUGAAAGACUCUCAGCUACUACCACGCCAAACUUUAGCUGAGUAUUGGAGAAUUCACUGAUUUGACAUUUUGUGUUGGUUGAUGUUGAUUAGCCGUGGAAGCCAUCUUGACUUGGACUGAUUCCAAAUCAGUACACCCAAUGAUUACGGUUUUUAAAGUUUUGUGAAAUUCUGUGAUCAGAUAAUCAGAUAUUUUGCUAACAGACAAACAGCUUAAGGUCAGGAUGUUACCCAAAGUAGCACUUUAGCUCAAUUUUUGUACAAUGACUGUAGCCAUAUUUGCGUUAAAAGUCAACUGGAUGUGGCGACCAUCUUUAAAAUUAAUCAGCUGUUAAUCAAAAAGUUUCAUUCACUUCCAUUCAAUGGUUUUUAAGACAUUUUGCUAACGUUACAGACAAAUGAACACACACACAGGACAAACACAUUAUCGCCCUGGCCCUUUGGCGCGACUGAUAUAUAUAAGCUGUACCCACAACGCAAAGCUGUAAAUAGUUCCCACGUACAACAGGUGUGGAGAUACUGGGUGUGAUCAGCCUUCCUACGCUUUGUGCUUUAACUCCGCUCUGAAAACCCCCACAUCUUCCAGGGCCGCAAAGUGCUUGUGUGUUUUUUAACCUGUUAUUUUUCUGUGCAUGCUUGGCUCCUGCAGGAAAACCAUUUUUUUUAAAUGGAAGAGACGUAUGUCUCCUGACCCGUGUGCCUCACCUUCUCUCUAAAUGAAGCUGAACCUCCCAGAAGCAUUCACGGGCCUCCUGCACCAAUCAGCACCCCACCAUCCACUCGCAUCAUUUAUUUACACAUCCAAAGUUACAAAACCAGGGUUUUUAAACGUUCAGCACCUUGUUUUUUAUACUUACGAGAAUGAUGCAAAGUUUUUGCAUCUUGCUUUCGGAAAAAGGAGGUGAAUCUGACCCUAUCUGCUUCCAAGUCUACUCCUCUUCCUUCAAAAAGCCAUAAUUGAAAAUCCAAUUAGCCGUUUAAAAAAAAAACCAAGAUUUAAAAGGAUCCAUUUGGUGUCGCCAUGUUUCCUUUAAGAUUCUAAUCAGAAUUGUCUCUUAAAGAGCUCCAGGGAUUAGACUGAGCCAUAAAGGAAAGAGAAAAAAACUAAAACCCUGCACACACAGAAGCACCUGCAGACGCUAAGCUAUGCUCAACUGAAGUAUCUGAAAAAAAAAAAAACAGUUGCACUCUGAAAUUGAUUGUAGACUUGUCUAAAGUUAAACAUCGUCAAUAUUUCAGAAAAAUCUGCAAUGUUUAAAAAAUAAAACCUAAACAGGUGGAUUGAUGCACUAAUAUAUAUUUUUUGUGAUUAUUUGAACCUUAUUAUUUGAACCUACUCUGAAUUUAAUGUUUCCUUUGUUGCACAUUUUAAAAAAAAGUCUAAGAAGUGGUGAAAUAACCAUAAUGUACCAUGAGGUGGUAAGAAUGUUAAUGUUAUUGACGUUAAAAUACCAAAAACUAAACAAAAGAUUUUUUUAAACAUGUUUUUGGGGGGUUUGCUGUUGGAUACCAUGUUACAAAUUUCUAUUAUAAAGUGUAUGAUCUCACUGCGUCUAACUAAUAGCAACUCAAAAUCGUGAGAAAUUCUGCAAAUUUUCAUUGCGAUCUCGUCAGUCUCACUGGAUUUGCAGGGUUUUAGACCCUGGUAAGAUGCGUAGCUGCAUUUUAAACAUCUGUAGUCAAAAUCCAUGGCCUGUUUUCAUGUGCAUGACUUCUAAAACUGUAUUCUUGUCUGUGCACAUCAUUUCAUUGCCUAUGUGGCAGCUGCCCCUAUGUAUGAUUUAAUCUGGAGUGCACUUUUAAAUGAUUUGUACACGUUUUUAAUGACUUUAUUUAAUAUUGAUGUUUAUUUUUAGACCUCAGUACCGUACUCUUUGUUUUCUGUCAGAAGAGAGUCCCCAUGCUGGGAUCGAAACACAUCUUAAGUGCUCUAAAAUGUAUAGAAACUAAAUUGAAAAAGUUUAAACAAGUUGAAGACGGCGUGCAUUUUUUGGAGUGCUGGUUAUCCCAUUUUUAUGAUUCUUCAGAACCGGGCACCCAUUUACUUUUUUCCAUUUUUUUUGUAAGGAAAUUUGAGUUUUGUGCACUAUAAAAUUUUCUUAGAAACUAAAUUGAGACAGAUCUGAAAUAAUUUGGAGAGAAAACGUUUCACAAACAUGUUUAACUUCGAGCUGCAAAAACAGCAAGUACCUACGACUCGCACACGGAGAUUGAGAACCUCCAGUAGAUAUUUGAAGUCUCCCUUGCAGCCCAGCGAGAGCCUGACUGAACCAGUUCAGCCCCCAGUCUCCCCCCCCUCCACUCAAAAAACAGAUAGUUAGAUUUAUUUAGCCACGUUGUGUCAACAAUUUCCAUUCAACUGAGUUAAGUACGUGUAAAGCAACACAUUUUCUUUAAAAAUAAAUGUGAAAGUUGUGUGGAAAUUGCUGGUAUAACUUGGUUAAGUAAAUCCAACAAUCUGUUUUUUGAGUGCCCCAAAUGGAUUUUAGUUACAAAAAGAUGAUAUAAUCAGAAUAAACUGUUCAGUUCAUUGUUUUUUUCAAAUCCCCACAGACAAAUCAAAUUUCCCCACUUUUUUUUUUUUUUCAAAAAUUGACUUUCUAAUCAAAACCUCACUUUGUGUUUGGGCACGAGGAGCAAACGCAGUCCAUGUUUUGAAAAUGAUCCAGUUAUGUAGACGGGGCCUAAACCUGGAAAAUCAAAAUAACGAUAAUUUUUAAAAAAUGAAUGUGUUCUUGCGUUGGAAGAGCCCUCUGAUUUAUCGGACAGUUUAAAGGUGAAACCAAAGGCUUUGUGUUGUUUCAGCCCUCGCUCUGUUAAACUCGCAUUUUAUCCCAGAGUCGAGGGGAAACGACUGAACUAAAUUUUCAAGCUUUCAAAUCCGAUUGCCUUCAAUCAGCCCACUCCUUUCCUCGAUUUCCAUAUGAUGCACUUUCCCCCUCAUAUUUGACAGAAGUAACGGGGCUAACCCUUCGACCACUGUAAACGUAUCGUAUUUAUUUCCAAGGACCUAUAGAAUCAGUUUUUAAUGAGCCUCUGUGGUUGUGGUUAAAUGUACUUGCACAGAGGAGUGUGUGUGCUGUUUUACAUACGUCAUCACGUUGCAGUAAUAAAGAAAACAUGAAGAGCA